GUUGACGGAGGAGGGAACUACGUGUGUGUUUAUGUUUGCCGACUGACUGAGGGCUGAUCCCCACCAUGAAUCCUUUAGGGAAUGCUCAGGGUACAGCCCCAGGUCAGAGGUUCUUGGGUGCAGGCAGCGGCAUAACAAGUGCUGAACGAGACAAGAUCUACCAGUGGAUCAUUGAACUUGCAAACCCUGAUACAAGAGAAAAUGCUCUCCUUGAACUGAGUAAGAAGCGUGAGUCCGUCCCCGACCUUGCACCACUCUUGUGGAACUCCUUUGGAACCAUCGCCGCCCUCCUGCAGGAGAUCAUCAAUAUCUACCCUGCUAUUAACCCGGCCACUCUCACAGCUCAUCAGAGCAAUAGAGUCUGCAAUGCUCUUGCUCUUCUUCAAUGCGUAGCUUCACAUCCGGAAACACGAUCUCAGUUCUUGGCAGCUCACAUUCCCCUGUACCUGUAUCCAUUCUUACAAACCGUCAGCAAAACUCGACCCUUUGAGUACCUGCGUCUCACGUCGCUAGGUGUCAUCGGUGCUCUGGUUAAGACGGACGAACAAGAGGUAAUAAAUUUCCUGUUGACUACCGAGAUCAUCCCACUGUGUUUGCGCAUUAUGGAGUCUGGGUCAGAGCUGAGCAAGACAGUGGCUACCUUCAUCCUGCAGAAGAUCCUUCUUGAUGAGACCGGACUCAACUAUAUUUGCCAGACUUAUGAGCGAUUCUCCCAUGUGGCCAUGAUCUUGGGCAAGAUGGUGAUUGCUUUAGCCAAGGAACAGUCUGCACGGUUGCUGAAGCAUGUUAUACGCUGCUACUUGAGGCUGUCAGAUAACCCAAGAGCAAGGGAAGCUUUACGUCAGUGUUUACCAGACCAGCUGAAGGACCAGACCUUUGCUGCCUGCCUCAAGGAUGAUAAAUCCACUAAACAUUGGCUGCAACAGCUCCUGGCCAACUUGGAGUCCACAGCUGCUGCUGACCCCCGAAUUGCCCUCCCUCCCCUAGCAGCUCAGUGAAGCAGGAGAUUGUGGGAUUUGAGAGGACUUGGCCACAGUUGUGUCAGUUAAUGAUGCUGUGAUUUCAAGUCAUCUUUCCCAUCUAUGACAUACAUGCAUCUCUUGCUGUUAGUGGUGCCAUGAUCAAAUGUGUAUCCUUGGCUACAGUAAGAUUUAUAGAUGGUGGUGCUGUGAUCAAGGACAUCCCGUGCAAUCGCGUCUUGUGCAGGCAGUGCUGUGAUAAAAUGUACAUUCUUCUGUGCAGUUAUAUUUCCCAGUGAUGCUCGCAGCUUGCUGUACAGCCAGGCUGCUCCGAGGUUAUGAUGAAAGGGAAUUUUCUAAAUGUCCCUUUUAAAUACCAAACAAUUCCCCUCCUUCCCGUAGGUGCUCUGUCACUUUAAGACAAACUUUAUGAUGCUUGAUUGAUCAGUUUGAGCAUUUCUAAGGGAAUUUGUAUAUGUAAAUAAUGCCAAAACCAAUUAUUUUUAAGGCUGCUGAGUGUAGAAAAACUGGUGAAGUUAACCAUAGUUAUUAUAUACAGUAUAUAUAUAUUUCUAAGAACUUUGAAAUAAAUAUUAUUCUUGUCCAUUGCAUAAUAGCAAAUCAGAGCAAGAAGUGACUCUCUUCUCCAAUAAAGAUGUUUUUCCAGUGGAGUGAGAAGCAAUGGUUUCAUCAGUCAUUUUGAAAAAAUAUUUUAAAGAUAAUGUGUCCCUUCUGAGAUAUCUAAAUGUAAAUGAGGGUUAAUAUAUGUUGUUCUCUCAUGUAUUGUACCUGGUAUAACUAAACAUUCAUAUCUGAGGACAAGAUGAGUUGACAAUGAAAUUACAGUACAGUACUGUAUUGUGUUAUAGUUUAUACCAACCAAGAAAUAAUUAAUGUUGUUAACCAGACACUGUACAGGCAUCUCUCGUUUAACAAUAGAGUUGUGUUCUUCAAAGAACUAACAUUAAGUGAAAUUAUCGUUUAAUGAGGGAUAACAACAAAGUAUGGAGGGUGAACAACAGGUUCAAACGGCAGGGCUGUAAACACUGAAUAUGCAAUACUGUACUCCCUAGUAUUAAUAAUAAAUGAGAUAGUUAUAAAUGGUUUUGAAGUUAAGCAAUUGAUUGAUUUAUUAGCUCCAAACUCCUAUAUAAAUGAUGUGGUUCAGAGUUAAACAAUUUAGUGAGCAAAAGGCGAGCCAAAUUCGAACAAAGAUUGCUAUGAUAAACAGUAAAAUUGAUACAUAACGUAUUAUAAGAUACGACAGCACAUAUUUUAUGUACAAAAAAUAGCUCCUUCCACACUCAAGCUAUCCUCUGGGCGACGUGACACAGAGACGUAUGGUUGCUGCCGCAGAGGGAGUCGGUACACGGCUGGGCUUGCAACGCAGCUACAGCCCACUGCCUCAGUUACGUUCACUUCACACAUAUAUUGUACACGCCCAUGCUCUUCAUUUUUCUUAUUUUAUAGUUUUAUAUUAUAUUUUCUUUAUUUCUAAGCCACAUUAGAGUAUUGUAAUGAUUUUUCCACAACUUUUAUAGUUCCAUUACAUGUAACAAUGGCACCAUGCCAUCUCACAAGCCACCUCAUCCCCAUUUUUUUUGCCCAUUCCACUGUGUCAAACUAUCACUAUACUGAAUAUUAAGUGAGAAAGGGUGUCCAAUAAAUUUUAUCGCUCAACCGACUUAACGUUAAGUGAAUUGACACUAAACGAGGGAUAUCUGUACUUGUGUUUGAUUUGAUCUGGGUUUAGUUGUCUGGUUCUGGUUCAUAAGAAAGGAAACCUUCAGGCAACACUUCUUGGCAAUGACAGAUCUUAUACAUGUUCUACUUAUAAUAGUGUUGGAACUCUGGUGUGGUUAAGCAUACAGCUCCUGCAUGAAUUAAAUAUGUAAAGCAUUAGGCUACUGAACUGUGCCAUAUAUAAUUAAAUUCAUGGGGUAAAAACAAAACAAAGGUGGACAGAAUAUGGUGAAACUGUACAAAUGAAAUUCACCUUUUUGCCAGUACAGUAAUAAGUUUAUAUAUGUGUAAAUUGCUUGGAGCUCAUGUUAUUAGGGCGGUGACAUGUGAAUGUGACCAGAACUCUCAGCAGGGUGAGCUUGGUCUCGUACAGUUUUGUGAAUGGUAACACAGCUUGAGGAACCCAUGGCUGUUCUAUACUAUAGUACUUGCUUCUUGGUAUUUUGGUUCAGAUAAUCUAGUCUCAUUUGGAAGGUUUGUAAUUGUUGGAGGUCUUCAGAUAAUUGCCAACUUUAUAAGCGAUAUUGAAGAGUAUAUACCAAGGAGGAGGUUCGUAAAUACAAAUUGAAUGAGAACUAACUACUGUAGGUAAAGUCCAAAUACUGCUGUCUAUUGCUUUUAGUGUUGUGUUCAUGUACUCCUUGACAACAGGCUGUAAUAUGUGACUUAAAGAGACGUAUUCCACUAUAUUUACUCAGCUGAGCAAGUUUUUCUUUUUUAUUUUCAAGAAGGAAUAUAAUAUUUUAUGUAGAGCUUGUACUUAUGUAGUAUUGAAGCAAGCAGUGAUAGUCUCCCUCUUGUAGCCUCACAUUACACAAAUUUUUCGACACACUGUGAUGAGGUAGAGUGAAAUUAAUGUAUAUGUCAUUGCCAGCUCAAAGAAUGGUAAUUAUUGUUGAUUUUGUGCUGGUUCACUUGACACUGGUUACUUCACUAUACAGGUUGACAACCCUUUAUCCGAAAUUCCAAAAACCGAAAAGCUCUAAAAACCGAAAGUUUUUUUGGAGGGCAAUUUUUUUUUUUUUUAAA